GAAAAGGCAUUCAAUCGCACACCUGCAGACACUCGACAUCGUGCUGGCUGACGAAGCAUUUCCACACACAAGUCAGUGGUGAAAAUGCUAAUUUCCCUCCUCCUAAUGGCACUCUACAAACUCUUUCGCCGGAAGGAUCCUGAACCGAUUUUUGGGGUUUAUCGUCAACGCGGGAAAUGGUAUUGGCUUAAAUAUUUCAUUUUCCUCGUUAUUUUCUUCUUCCGAAAGCUUCGCUAUCGAAAGGGAUCAAGCGAUGGUGGGGGUCAAGGUGCUAAGAAUAUUGCUGAUCCGAAUUUAAUGGAGAAAGUUCAACCACUGUCGGAUCAUCCAAAGGCCUUUGAUGCUAUUUUCUACAUUGCUGGCAACGCAGAUGGUUAUCGCUUCAUAAUGGGCACUGAGAGGCGUCACAAGGGGAUCAUUCAUGGGGUUCUGUACUUGGUUGUGCCUGAUUUGGGAUUCAUCUGCCUGCCCCAGAUGCCCGAUACAAUGAUGUUCACGACGAAUUUCGGCAAGGAGGGCAGUGCCUUUGGUGGUCCUGGGUUCAUUAGUGAACCCAUUGUGCCCAUGAACAAGUGGAGGCUGCGCUAUCGUGGUCAGAUGCGCAAAGGAGAGGAACUGCAUGAUGUUGAGUUCUCCUUUGAGUUCCUCUCGCAGUUCCCUUGCUUUGACUUUGACAGUGAUCUCAGUCCACGCUCACUGGCUGACUCCAUGGCACGGGAGAAGUGGACACAGGAGUACUUCCGGCAUCUCCGGAGUGCCCAUCAGUCGCACUACGAGCAAAUGGGCAGUAUUCGGGGUACGUUGAAGGUAAAUGGUGAAGCGAGGGUGAUUGAAAUGCGUGCCUUUCGGGAUCACAGCUAUGGCUUUAAGCGCGACUGGAGCUUAAUGCAUCGCUAUGCCUUCAUUGUAUUCUUCCUCGAGGAUGGCAGGAGUGUCUCAAUGGGAAUUAUCAGUCAACCGUGUACGUGCUCAGUACUCAAUACGGGGUACAUUUGCUCAAAGUCCGGGAAACUCUCAGCCGUUGAUUGGUGUGAUUUUGAAUUGUACCAGCAUGGAGAGAGUGGGAAUCCCCCGAAGGAUUUUGCUUAUCAAUUCUCAGCCGCAGGACGAACACACACCGUCCAGAUACUCGUAGAUUAUGAAAAUGUUCACUAUGUUGGAUCACAGUGGGAAGCAAGGAUGGUUGAGCGGUUUAUUUCAGUGACUAUGGACGGUGUACCAGGCUAUGGAGUGGCAGAAUUUCAUUACAAUAAUAAAUCAGGACGUCUUGAGGAGAUUGCCAACAGGGAUCCUCAGUGGUACAAGAAUGUCCUAGCGAGGGAGGCGCAAUACAAAAAACUCGAGUACAUGUCAAUGCCUCAGACGGCGCAAAAGUGAGCUGAGCAGCAACAUCCACAGAGCAGCCACAGCAACCAUGAGCAGCCACUCACCUUGAAUGCAGACGAGCACUUCCUCAUUUCCAUGAUUUGAUGUAAUUUCUUCCCCAAGCAGCUGUCUCUCUGCUGGGCUUUCAGCCAAAGAGCCCCAGCGGGAACCCUCUUGUAAAUCCCAUUAAAAUGAUUUUAAUUGAA